GAGGCAUCCAACACCGUGAGGUGUCCCGACGUGGCUUCGUACACCACGCUUGGGAGUCCUGGCGCGCAACAAGUACGCUUCCAUGCUGAGGGAAUUCUUCACGGUCUCACGCAGUCCCCAAUUUGCAUCGCAAGGAGGGGGUCAGCCCUGCGUGAAAACCAGAAUGUAUCGAUUCACUGCGGGCGAUGAUGGGCUGCUUCUUGGGGAGGCUGUUAUUCCUCUAGCGCAGCGGGGACGCACCGCACCGGGCCAGCUCAAAGUCAAGCUUGGACCUCACAUCGACAUUACAAAGUAUGCCUUCCCGUGUGGCCCUCGACUGUGCAUUGCUCUUCCAUGUGGAUGCUGCAUGCACCGCGGCGGGAUGGCCGCACUUGGAGCAAAGGGCCUAUGCCGCAACUGCCCCAAAAUCACCGAGGAGGUCAUGAAGGUCAUCAUUAACCAUUGUAACACCUCCGUACAGGAAUGGAGCCGUACUGGGACCCCUGGGGAGGAGAGUGAUGAGGAGUUUGCGGGAUUCAACAAAAACGAUGCUCAGGUUUCCUUAGAUUAGUGUUUUCUUUUGUUUUUGUUGUAACAAUAAACAAAGUAAUGAGACAGUUUUGGAGAGCAGCCUCUUGUGCACAUUAUGUACUACAAUACUUUGGGUGGCCGUUGCCUGUAUGCAGAGGCCGUGGGGUUCAAAGAGGGGGGAUGGUAGUUGAGCAGCUGCCUGGCGACGGUAGCG